AUGUGGUGGCGAUGAGGAGGUGGGUGUAGAUUGGGGGAGGGACGAAGGCAGUAUGGUUUUAGGUUGAUUUCAUUGGCUUCUUGCGGGAGUUUUGGAAUGAAUCUCUAAUCAGGAAAAGGGGAUUUACUUCUUUAGGAUUUGGGGCGUGCAUUUAUGGACGAAAUGCUCUGUAAUAGCAGCAGAUUGAUCAUAUUGGACUACUACUAUUCCAAUGAGACCAAGAUCCUCAACGAACGACGAAACGAGACGGAUGACGGAAUCAACCUUUUCAUUUGCUUCUCAUCACGGCACGUAUGCAACCAUAUUGAUAGCAAUAUAUACAAGUCAGUGAUGCCUCGAGUUUGCUGUGCACCCGAUAGUAAAACGGCCAAAUCUCCCAAUAUAUUCAUGCUAGUAUCUAGUCCGUUGUUGAAUAGGACCACCGUAAAACGUUUUGCGUCGAUCCGUCGCGUGAGAAUCGGUACCAUACUCUCCCAUGACCACAAAAGUACCGGCGCAUCCACGGUUCUGCGGUAAGAAUACUCUACCCAUUCACGUAAGGGGUUAAAAGGGAUCGGGUGGUUGAGCAAUGCCCAGCGAAUGUUCUGGAGCUUGAGCAACUUGUCCGUAUCGCUUGACUCGCUGAAUACCUGUCCGGACGGAUUUGCUGACACUGGCGGCAACCCCCUCCGCUACGAUGUGAUGACACUCGUGG